CCCCUGAUGUGGGCUUCAGGGAACAACUUUUCUCAUCCUGCAUCCUUCAUCCUGCUUGGAAUCCCAGGAUUGGAGACUGCCCACUUCUGGAUCGCCUUUCCAUUCUGUGUCAUGUAUGUUGUGGCCAUAACUGGCAAUAUCACCAUCCUACACGUCAUCAGAACUGACCAUACCCUGCACCAGCCCAUGUACCUCUUUCUGGCCAUGCUGGCUCUCACUGACCUGGUCCUCUCCUCCUCCACACAGCCUAAAAUGCUGGCCAUACUCUGGUUCCACGCUCGUGAGAUUGAAUAUCAUGCCUGCCUCACACAGGUGUUCUUCAUCCAUGCCUUUUCUUCUGUGGAGUCUGGGGUGCUCAUGGCCAUGGCCUUGGACCGCUAUGUGGCCAUCUGCUUCCCACUCCGGCACUCUAGUAUCCUCACCACCUCUGUGGUGAUCAAACUGGGGGCGGCCGUGAUGAUGAGAGGGCUGUUGUGGGUGAGCCCCUUCUGCUUCAUGAUCUCCAGGAUGCCCUUCUGCCCCAACAAGGUCAUUCCCCAGUGCUACUGUGAGCACAUGGCUGUGCUGAAGUUGGUGUGUGCUGACACCAGAGUCAAUCGUGCAUAUGGGCUCUUUGUGGCCUUCUCUGUGGUUGGCUUUGAUAUCAUUGUGAUUGGCAUAUCCUAUGUGAUGAUUUUGAGAGCUGUUCUUCAGUUGCCCUCAGGUGAAGCCCGUCUCAAGGCUUUUGGCACCUGUGCCUCCCACAUGUGUGUAAUCUUGGCUUUCUACAUCCCAGCCCUUUUUACCUUCCUCACCCACCGCUUUGGCCAUCAAGUGCCACAAGUGGUGCACAUCAUGUUUGCUAAUGUCUAUCUUCUGGUGCCUCCCAUGCUCAACCCCAUCAUCUAUGGAGUUAGAACCAAACAGAUUAGAGACAGAGUUAUCCAAGGCUGUAGUGGAAAAGAGCCCUGA